CUGCCGUAAGGAGCCGUCACCCAGAGAGGAGCACUGAGCCCCACUUGGAAAACAUCACCUUUUCGCAGGGUCACGUAAACUUCUCCACAGUGGCCUCCAAAGAGCCUGUGAUGACUCCGGUCCCCAGAAAGCACCAUGCUUCCUCGGAUGCUGCAGAGAGGUGGACUCCCCAUUCCGAAGCAGCGAAUGCUGGGGGGCAGUAUGCUUCUCCAAGCAGACUAGACCACACCGUUUCCGUUUCCUCUGCUGGGGGCUCCUCUGAGCUAGCGACAGCACUGCAUAGUCCGAAGGGCACCUCAGCCGUGGCCAGGCUUCCCCUGUCCUCCAGCAGUAGCAGCUCCGAGUCAGAAGAGACGGAAGAAAGGAUCGCCUCUUCCCAAACAGAGAGUGGAACCCCCCGGCGCUUGCUGGCCAGGCGAAAGUGGCUCCCCAAAGAAGAAGAAGAAGCCACUGUGCCUCUCCCAGGGGCAGCCUCCUCCGUGCUCAACCAGUCCUCUCAUCCUGCCAUGGAGAGGGGAGAAGGGGGCAUGCCCGCCAGGGGGAGCCGCCCCCGGGAACCAGAACCCUCCUUGCCGGGUUUCUCCAGGACACCAGCCUUCAGCCCUCCCUUGGAGCAGGCUGCUUCUUCUGGCAGUAUAAAGGAGCUAAAUAACCUCACGACCUUCAGCAGCCCCUCAGUUCAUCAGACGGAGAGUACGCAUGAUGACGCCAUGCUCACUGCAGGUGCCCCCAGGGUCCCCCAGCCUCUGCCUGUCUCCCCGGGGCCUGUAAAUGAGAGAGGGCGCUUCCCUGACAGCUCUGGAAUCGCCCCAACUUCACCAUCUUCCCCCACUGAAGAGGAGUCGAGGGGGGACAGCAGAGUCACGGGGAAUUUAGGGGACAGAGAAGUUGUGGAGCCAUCAACAGAACACGGAUUUGGGCUUACAUCUUCUGAGCUCUCAAAGGGAUUUUUGCAGAGCAGUUCCCCAACCUUUGGAGGGCCCCAGCGCGCCGUCCGCUCGGAUGCAGACAGGGGCCGUCCCGCUGCUCAGACAGAGACUGUGUCCAGGCCGGUGCCGUCCGCUGGACGUGGAGCAGGCACAGCGCAGUUGUCCGUGACCCCCAGCGAGGCCCUUGGACACGUGACAGGACGCCUGGCUGCGGCCCCCGGAGCCGCGAGCUCUGCAGCUUGGACCCCGGUCUCUGACUCUGCUCCGCGGUCGGACGGAAGCACGCCGCCCGGGGACAGGCCCAUGGAAGACAGCCGUGAGCUGGGAGGCCAUUCAGACCCACAGGGAAAGACCCACGGGGCUCACGCUCUCAGCCCACACACGUCCGCGACUUUCACCGGCAGUGGGGAGCAGACGCUGCGUGCUCUCACCAAUGGGAGCACAACCUCUGGGGACGUGGGGAGCCCCGCCUCCGUGCCGAGGGAAACCGAGAGCCCCGCUCGGCACGGGGGCAUGACGGAGGACACAGGCCUGGCCUCGGGUCCACUGGCUGCCACGCGCGUCCUUGCAGCCCCCGGCACGCAUGCUGCUCGAGCGAGUGGCACAGACGCCGACCAGAGGACACACAGUGACCACACGGACCACACCUACAUCUCAUCCACCUUUACCAAAGGAGGGCGGGCGCUGCUGCCCGUCACCGAGAACACCUCGUCCUCCGACACAAGGGACAGCGCCGCCUCGUCUAUCGAGACCGCCAACUCUCCGCCUUCGCAACGUCCUUCUGCAUCUCAUGCUCGGACGGAAAGAAGUCGUGCCCCACCCCACGACCGGGGCUACCCUCAGCCUUCCACCGAGUCGCUGGUGGUACCUUCUUCCCACCCUCCACCCUACACCCCCACCGUGAAUGUGCCCAACACCUUGGUUCUUCUGAAUGUGGACCCCGGGUCGGUUGGUGGCUCCUCUUCUCCAUCAGAACCCCCGGGGCCUCUGUCCUCGGUGUCACAGGUCUACCCGUGGUUUGCAUCAACCCCGCCAUCAACUGGGGCCUCUGCUCCUCCACUGAUGUCUACCUCAGAGGCGCCUUGGUCUUCUUCGCCGUCACCCUUACCGACGACAUCUUUGAGGGCAUCCACCCCGGCCCCAUCUUCGAGCUCACAAGCAACAGUCUCACAUCCAGCUGGCACCCAAAUCCUGCCCAGCGCAGAGGAGACUUCUGGGACGUCACCUGGGACGUGGACAGUGGCAUCCUCCCUGGCAGUGCCCCACAGCAGUCAAACAGCAGACGCUAGGAGCCAGGAGGAAAUCAUGGCGGCGCCAAAGUCUUUGCCGACAACAUCCGCCGAACCUGUGACAACAACGGGCUCUCCUGCUGGAGUCCCUUUGUCCCCAGCUUUCACACAACCAUCCCCCAAGCAAACCCUCCCAGUCACGAGGACCCGCCUCGCCGGCACGUCCCCAGCUCUGAGAGCCCCCACUCCCAAAACCACUCAUCCUCUGCUGACUGCUGUCGGCCUCCCGUCCAGCACUGGGGCUCUGCUGGGUAGUCCCACCAUAGUGCAGACAGCUGCUGGGACACAGCGCAUGCCCCCCAGUCCUGAGACCCUCGUGCCUCACAGCUCAACGCAGGGUGCUGUCACCGCAGAAAGAACCCUCAUCCAUCCGGAUUCUACCACCAGUCCGGUCCCUCUGACCAGGACCCCCGCAUCAGCAAGAGAAGCCAGCCCAGGGCGUGCCUUUACAGAGGCACACAGCCCAGCUUCACGUCCCUCCCAGGCAUCGCCGCCUCCCCAAACCACAGAUGUUUCCACGGCCCCAGGAUCGACUCUGCCGUCCACCACCAUCCCCGCUCAGGGCAGCACGCAGUCCCCAAGGGCAUUGCCGUCUCCAGCCUCGGGUGACAGCUGUGCCACAAGCCCUUGCCUUCAUGAUGGGAACUGCACUGCGGAGGAGGCCACCCGUCGAGGGUACCACUGUGUGUGCCCGCCUUCCUGGCAAGGGGAUGACUGCAGUGUGGAUGUGAAUGAAUGCCUGUUGGACCCCUGCCCACCCCUCGCCACCUGCGACAACACUCAGGGAUCCUUCACCUGCAGAUGCCCGGUUGGGUACCAGUUGGAAAAAGGAAUAUGCAACCUGGUUAGAACUUUUGUGACAGAGUUAAAGUUAAAGAAAACCUCUCUCAAUGCUACUCUGGAGAAACAUUCAGACCUUCAUGAAGUUGGAGACGAGAUCACCAAAAUGCUAAACGUGUGUUUGUCACCGCUACCUGGUUACACCCGAUCCACUGUCCAUGCAUCUAGGGACUCCAGCCUGGUGGCCAUCUCGCUGCAGACCACCUUCUCCCUGGCCUCCAACGUGACCCUGUUUGACCUGGCCGACACAAUGCAGAGAUGCGCCAACUCCUGCAGGUCCUCCGCCGAGGUCUGCCAGCUCCUGGGCUCUCAGAGGCGCAUCUUUAGAGCGGGCAGCUUGUGCAAGCGGAAAAGCCCCGAAUGUGACCGAGAGACCUCCAUCUGCACGGAUUUGGAUGGCGUCGCCCUGUGCCAGUGCAAGUCGGGCUACUUCCAGUUCAACAAGAUGGACCACUCCUGCCGAGCGUGUGAAGAUGGCUACAGGCUAGAGAAUGAGACCUGUAUGAGUUGCCCAUUCGGCCUCGGUGGUCUCAACUGUGGAAACCCAUAUCAGCUCAUCACGGUGGUGAUCGCAGCAGCCGGAGGUGGGCUUCUCCUCAUCCUAGGCAUCGCCCUGAUUGUUACCUGUUGCAGAAAGAGUAAGAACGACAUAAGCAAACUCAUCUUCAAAAGUGGGGAUUUCCAAAUGUCCCCCUAUGCCGAGUACCCCAAGAACCCUCGUUCACAAGAGUGGGGACGAGAAGCCAUUGAAAUGCAUGAGAACGGAAGUACCAAAAACCUGCUGCAGGUGCCAGAUGUUUACUACUCGCCCCCGGGUGUCAGGAAUCCUGAACUUGAACACAACGGACUCUACCCGGCCUACACUGGACUGCCGGGCUCCCGGCACUCUUGCAUUUUCCCCGGGCAGUGUAACCCCUUGUUCAUCAGUGACGAGAGCAGGAGGAGAGACUACUUCUAAGGACAGAAGAGCCAGGGAGGGCCCUAGUGCCUGCGCCACGUUGGCCGCUCCGGGGACUGGUGGGAGCCACCCUCCCGUGGCAAGCAGGAAGCGGGACAGGCGUGAGGGAAGUGACCACAGUGGAAGGGCACAGGUGGGGCCUGAGGACUUGGCGCCGCAGGCUGCCCAUCUGGGACCUUCCUGGCUGCUGUGAAUGGGAACUCGGGCCAGUACAAAGAGAGUCACUCCGACGUGGCCACUAGCACGCGAGACGACUGUUGGUUGAGGCAAACCCCGAAGCGUCCUGGCAAGGACCCGGUAGUCCUUUCAUUUGCACUUUAGUCGACUGGAGGGGCGUGGGGGGAGGGCUCCUGUAGGAGCUCUUUCCAGACCGGAUCCAAAAGGGCCUCUUCCCCUCCCACACUGGAGACAUUUCAAUGUGGUGAUUUAAUUGGAAAACAAAACCCUGGCUCCGGUG